ACUCUGGUGUCAAAUAUGGUUGCUGAAAACAAGAAAAAAAAAUGUUGCGAAUGAUGUAGUUUUUUAUCGAAAAUAGUGCUGAUUUUUGCUUCUUUCGGCAAUAAAUAUUGUGCAACGACAUACUUUAAGUGCUUGGGAUCGCGGAAAUCGAAUAGAGACGAUUUUUCGACGAAUCGUGUCGCAAAAGUUCCAGUGAUGAUGUUUUCGUUGUUUUGAUUGGGUGCCACACGAAAAGAAGAAGAAAAAAAUCGAAUGAAUGUUGAUAAUAUUGGCAGGGCCAGGCGAAUUCACCAGAACCUGCUACGAGAUCCGGCCACAAUGUCACCAUUGUGGACUGCAAAAUACGACUACCAAGCGCAGGGCGACGAUGAGCUCUCGCUGCGGGUCGGACAGAUCGUUUUUGUGCUCUCAAUGGAUAGCAAUAUAUCGGGGGAUGAGGGUUGGUGGACGGGUAAAAUUGGCGACAGAGUUGGGAUUUUCCCAUCUAAUUUCGUCACGAAUGAAGAUCCAGCGGUGUUGAACGUACAGCCAGUGGAAAUAAAGUUCGAGGAGUUAAGCCUCAAGGAGGUAAUUGGUGUUGGCGGCUUUAGUAGAGUUCAUCGUGCUUUCCUUAAUGGAGAGGAAGUGGCAGUGAAAGCUUCGCGGCAGGAUGAGGACAUCAACGAAGCUCGCGAAAAUGUACUGCAGGAGGCGAAGCUCUUCUGGUCCUUGAAGCAUCCAAACAUUGUUACGCUGCGUGGGGUGUGCCUCGAGCCGCCAAUUCUUUGUCUCGUAAUGGAAUACGCGCGCGGAGGAUCGCUGAACCGGAUACUGGCCGGCCGUAAGAUUCCACCGAACGUUCUUGUGGAUUGGGCAGUGCAAAUUGCUCGCGGAAUGAAAUAUCUGCACUGCGAGGCUCCUAUUUCUGUAAUCCACAGAGAUUUGAAGAGCUCAAAUGUACUGAUUAGUGAACCGGUAUCGAGUGAUGAUUUGAAGAACAAAGUUCUCAAGAUAACAGAUUUCGGUCUCGCACGUGAGGCCUACAAAACCGAAAGGAUGUCCGCCGCAGGAACCUACGCCUGGAUGCCACCGGAGGUCAUUCGGGAUGCCACAUACUCAAAAGCCUCGGACGUGUGGAGUUACGGUGUGCUGCUGUGGGAAUUGCUUACCGGCGAGACGCCAUACAAGGGAUUUGACUCACUGUCGGUCGCGUACGGCGUGGCCGUCAACACUCUAGCCCUGCCAAUACCCAAGACUUGUCCCGAGGCGUGGGGAAAGCUGAUGAAGUCCUGCUGGGAAUUGGAUCCUCAUCGGCGACCCUCGUUCAGGGAUAUCGAGAAAGAUUUAGAUAUUAUCGCACGGUCUGGAUUUGCGCAAACACCUCACGAAUCAUUCCACACGAUGCAAGCCGGCUGGAAAGAGGAGAUUGCCGAAGUGCUUCAGGAACUGCGUAAAAAGGAAAAGGCCUUUAAACCUUUUGAGGAGCAACUACGCAACAAAGAGGAAGAGCUCAGCCGCGUGCAGCGUCAGCAGCGCUGCAAGGAAGAGGAUCUCGAGAAGCGUGAAAAAGAGCUGAACGAGCGCGAAAUCGAGCUGCUGGGUCGUGAGCUGAACAUCAUCAUCACGCAGAACACGCCGACUCCCAAAAAGCGCAAGGGAAAGUUCAGCAAGAGCAAACUGAGGUUGCUGAAGCGAGAACCGGGCCAGAUAUCCUUUCCGUUGGACUUUCGUCACACCAUCACGGUGCAGCACACGACUAUUCGGGACGAGCCCCGGCAGCGCACGGACACUCCACCGGGCUCGCCGGCCACCAGACUGAGAGCCAUAGCACUUCCGGCCGAUGGUAUCAAGGGUAAAACCUGGGGACCAUCGACCCUGCAUCAGCGCGAGCGAGGUCACUUGCCGGCACUGCGCACGACGGUUCGGACGCCUCAUUUCAGUAAGAGUGCCCCCAAUCUGGACAAAUCCCGCACGAUGGCGAUGUCCGCGAGCUCGUCGCGUAAUGAAAUACUAGAUUAUGACACGGACGAGUGGUACCCGUCUAAUCUUACGGUGGCCGGCGACUCCUCGCUGAAUACGCCCCUUUGCACUAGUCUGACGCGGUUCAGUGGCCUUCCGAGCACGAUCCCGAUGCCAACGCUGUAUGCUUCCGAGGGACAGCGCAAGCCAAAGUUGUCGAUCAUAGAGUUAGUGUUGUACAAUAUUGCUUCGAUGUUGGCGGGAGUCGCCUCCGGAUACGACGUCCGGAUAUCGAACGUAACGCCUCUCCAUCCACGGUUGCAUCCCUCUUCGGGCCUGAGUGAGGGGUAUCAAUCCCUGCCCAGUCCCUACCACCAGCUGCGACUCGCUCCGGAACAGCUACCCAUACUUCCAUUACCGCAACCGCUGAUAGAUGGUAACGUCGAGGAGGAAUACACCGAUGUACGCAACGAAAAACCAAUUCCAUACACCCACAACACUUAUCACGGUCCGAUAAAACACAGCAGAACACCCCUUUCAUCGCUAAGCCCGCGCCAGGACGAUCGGCCACUCCGGUUUACCGAUUCCCCCCAGCACUAUCUACCCUCGAUGAUGUCGACCACGAGCGGCCUCGGCUCGAACUACACUCCGUCCGGGCCGAGCUCAUCGCUGAGUGGCGGAGGAGGCGGUGGUGGAUCCGGAACGCAACCUCCGACGCCGUCACCGCGGAGAAAAUCCAGCACCACUUCCUUCAUCGAGUACGGCGAACUGCCGGAGGAACACGAGAGUAGAGCGGGUCUCUACAUACCCGGAGAUUACGUGAACUAUCCGCAGCAGAACAACGCCGGACUUUACACCGCCGGAAGCAGCGCGGGAUACUUUGGCUCAAGUUAUUUCCCGUACCGACCUGAAAUUAACUUUGCUUUCGAGCGAGAAACCAAGUCCUACGGAGGCGAGCCAGUGUACGAGGAUCACCAUUACGACAGUGCGUCCUACCAUGAUUAUGCGUACGACGGAGCGAGCAGCAGUGGCCGGUUCAACGUCCCAACGCGUGUUCCGGCGAUGGGUGUCAGCGCCGCGGGUCAUCGGCGAACUUUAUCGAACGUUUCCAACCCGCCCACUACCAGCAAUAUCAACCAAGGGUUUCAUCUUGAUCAGGACGACGAUGUGGAGUUGGUAGACGAUGCGAUUUACGGUUUGAACCAUUUCUACAUCGGCAGUGGCCAGCAACAACAGGUUGCCGGUGCUGCCAAAGUGCCCGACAGCACGUUGAUUCCUAGUCGUAUGCACGAGUACGAAAACAUUCCAAACUACUUUAAGAGGCAAACUAGUCUAAACAUUGGAUAUUCGGGUCAUUUCUCCAAUGAGUAUGUAAAUAUUAGUAACCACGAACGGCCUGCUAGCUUAGGAUUAGAACACGGUGGCUUAGCACAGACUGCUGGGGCAGGUUCCCAGGUCAAGUUACGGUCUAGUUUGAAGAAGUAUAAUAAUACUCAACAGCAGCAGCAUCACAGCAAAUACAGCACCGGGUCAAGUGGAAGUUGUGGCACGCCAAUGACAGCAAAUCCUACGCCACCGGAUAGUCUCACUAGUGAUGACAGUUCGUACCUUAGUGCAAAGGAUAACUCGUCUUCGGUUUCAUCUCAAAGUCGCGUUCGGUUCACUCCUGAACUGCUGCUGGAGCCACAACAGCAACAACAUGUGCAGCAACUGGAUCUCGUUUCACACGUUCCACUCAAGCGGAGGUCAUCCGCCGGGGCUGCGACGGUGACGGCAGCACCCUCUGCCGCUACAGGACGACGUUCCAAUGUGAGCGAAUCCGGACAAUCCUAGCAGUACGCCAAGACCUAUAUGGUGUAACUUUUGAUUUUCUCCUCCCUUUUGGUGCACUUAUUGACUUGCGCACUUUUUAUGAGCAAAAAACAAUGGGAAAGUGAUAAGAGGAUUAAGAGAUCAGAGAGGAACGCCAUUUCGCAACCGACGAAGGAAAAAGAUUACGUUCUUAAAGUAUUUUUUUAUUGCAGUAUUUAACGGAAAACGAUUGCAUAUAAAAUCAGAAUAACUUUAGCUUCCAGCCAUGCUAACCGUGCUCAGCGAAAAUUAAUCAGUGCAGUGAAGAAGACACGCGAUGAAUGCUUCCUUCUCUUGAAGCGGCAGGUAGGUAAAGUGUAAUAACUUUGUGUACACUCAGCCGAGAAGCACUUUGCACCGAGCGAGUCUUUGCAUUAUGAUGGAAACGGGAGCCUUUGCAGCUUAGUUUAUGGUCCAUUUUCGCGCUCUUCCGAAGCAUAAAUAACCACCUUUUAGAUGGUAAAUUUGCAUCUCCAAAGUCUCCCGAGAAGAAGCUGCUGCUCAUAAUCAAGCAUUGGAUUAUCUUAAGAGGAUUAUUUCAAUCCGACACUUUAAACUUCUGCAUCGAUGCUCGACAGAACUUUGCUCUGCCUCUGCUGCUGCUGCUUCGUAAAGCUGCUAAUGGUUGCCACCGGCGGCCACGUAUAUCUAUGCUUAUAUACUUCGACUUGCAGCCAAUCGAUAAAUUAAUUUGGCAAACUCUCUUGUAACGAUGCGCCAAGUGCCGCCUCCCCGACAGUGGCGACGCUCGAAAACUUUGGAAUCUUUCCGUUCAAUUUGCUCGCAGCUCCUCGGCAUCAGCAUUCAGACGAAGAGCGGGCAAGGUUUAAGCCUUGUUUCACUUUUGUUUUACGGGUUUAAUGGCGUGCCACGUGUUAUUCUCAACCUUUGGCCCACACCCCGUUCAGCAGCAGAACGUGAAGUAAUGGAAAGUGUACAUUUUCGCAGCACCAUUUGACCCUCGACGCCCCGGGUUUACUGUCAAUACAUGUUCCCGAGUUGUGGCUUGUUUUUUUCUUCACUUUUUCCCUUCAGUGUCACAAACACACUUCAGCAUGGUGCUCACGUUAUGCCAUCCCCCUCCCACCUCGUGUUGUUUGUUAUCGGUUUGGUGUAUGAUUGCAGCAGCAGCAGCAGCAAGAAAGCUUUCCCGAGCACACUUUUUUAUGAGUCUUAUUUUGAUGCUCCCACUUGGGUAUGGCGAACACGUAUCGCAUUCGCUGCAGAGAAGAGAGAGAGACCGGCUGCAGCUCGAGCAAUUUUCCCACGCGGAUCGCACUCAACAAGUUGCGUGAGGACGAGACGCACGCGAGGACGUAAUCCCGCGUUUGUUGUGUGUUUUUCAAUUCCCUAAGGUAAAUGUUCCAUUAGUGACGACAGUGGGUGCCAUUAUGGCUAACGCGUUGUUGGAAACAAUGCUUAUUCGCCGAGGAAAGGUGUUACGAGGUCGUAAAACGCAUUAAAUAUUUGAUUUUUUUUUCAUUUUCUCUGCAUUUUGUUUUUUACGAUAUCUUUAAUUAAAGGCCCAUAUAUUGUCAAUUAGGGUAAUCAAUGAAAAAAGUCUAAAAAAAGUUCUCAGAUUUAGUGCUGAAAAAACAUGGUAGAUUAAUCGAACUCGAAGACUAAUGAACGCCAUUAAAGUUAAUUCUAAUAAUUAAAUGUUGGUGGAGAAGCAUGAUUCCUCAAGUUAUAAACCUGAACCUGGGAUUUAUAAAAUAUCUCAGAAUUUUGCUGAUGAAUUUAUUAAAGGGUCGAGGGAGAGAGAGCGUCAAACAAAAAAUGUCAAGUUUCAAUCCCUUUUUCGAAAUUUUAUAGAAAAAACUAUCUUAAAACGCUUUAUACAUUAAUACACUUAUGCUAUUACCGAAAAUUUGCAAAAUAUCACUGAAUUCAUGAAACAUAAAUUAUCUGUUUUUUUUUUAUCUGUGGUCCCAAAUCAAAAUUGUAUAAAUGCCAAAAGUGCCCUAUUUGAUAAAAUACAAAAAUAAACGUUAUAAAAUGUAUUUCAAUAAUUGACAAUCAAUGACACAAGUUUUUUCAAUGAAAAUGUAAUUUUUCAUCAGUAAUUAUUUUUUCGCCUCCUAAUUUUUGGAGGAUUUUUUGAAAGUGGUGAGGGACAAAAUCAGAAAUAAAAUUAGCAAUGGCCUUAUGAUAUUUUAAUAAAGCUGUCGGUGUAAUUAUUCGACCACUUACCCUGACGCGGAGGACGAGAGCCUUUCGGUACACAUGCGUACAACAAGAAAAUUCUUUAUUGCCCGAUCUAAUAGCGGUAUAAGCGGAUUUAUGCUUUGCCCCGCGUAUUAUUUUCCGGGUAUUAUUUUCCGGGAAGCUCACUUUUGAUUAGAAUGAAAUUGUUUUCCGUCAGCUGCUAGGAAUUGACAAUAACUUGCAAUGUGCAAAUAUGAAAACAAAAAUCAUAAAUUUGUGAAAUUAUUUGAAGCAAGUUACGUUAUUUUGAUGCUAUGAUUACGAUUUGUUCUCGACUAUAUUGGAAUUAGUACUUAUGCAAUAACCACAAGUCAAAGGAAAUCAAAGAUUACACUUGUAAUUGAUUGUAAAUAUCGUAAGUAGCGCUUUAAAACAAUUCCACGUGCGGUGUCGAAAUCGGCAAAAGCUGCAAUAAAAAAGCACUGGUUAGCUCUCUAUAUCGAUAAUGGCAGACAGUAGCAGAUACAGAGAAGAGCCGCAGUUGGAAACAAACCGAAGCACAGCAGCAGAGCAGCAGAAAGCUCUUCCGGAUUUAUUGCAAUUUGUCGACUUCUAGCUAGUUAGGUAGACCCUUAGUGCACAUACGAGGGCUCUCUUUUGCUCGCCUGGAGAAAGCAUCUGUACCGACAGAACGUAUAGAACAGAACCGUUUGUAAUUAGUUUUAUCCAAUUAAAUUCGAUUGUAAAGAGUAUUAAGUGGAGAAUAGUGGUGAAUGCUGUAAGCUUUAGAAGCGAGCGAAGAGAAAGCGGGAGGUCAAUGAAACAAAAAAGGCACUUACUCUAGUCGUUUAAGGUUUGAUAGUAGCAUUUUUGGUUUUUAAUUAAUUUAUAUUUAUUAUUGAGAAAGAGAGAUAGCAAUCGUUUAUAGCGUUUUUAUUUUUUGCCUUGCUUCGGCACUUUAUUGCAGUGAACGAUUUAAAAACAUAUAAGGACAAGAUCACGAGAUUGUGUAUCUUUGAGCAAAGAAAAGGAAAUAAAUUGAUGAUAAAUUA